ACGUCAUUCAACUGUCGGAGUCAGCUCGGUUUUCUGAAGCUGAAAGUGUUGUUAAUUGGUAACUCGAAUCUAUCAAAAUGUUAAGGCCAUUAAGUCAGUUAGUCAGUUUGGCCAUACGGACUCCAGAAAAAGGCAUCGUCAAUUUCGAUAUAUUGCGUAUUUUGUUACAUGCUAUGCUAAAACAGUUAAACAUUCAGGAUGUCGAAGCAGAUAUUAAUACAGAUUUUGAUUUAACCGACGUUUCAGUCAUAUCUCUAACAGAAGGAGAUGUACAACAGUUGGAGGAUAGCCAGAUGAAUGAAGAUUCCGAAGAUGAUAAGAAAAUGGGAGAUUCCGAAAAUGGUAAAAAACAAGUAGAGUCGAGAAAAAGAUCAAAGGUCCCGUACAAUUCUCUCGCACGGAAAGUGGACGAGCUAGCUAAACAAAUGGAGGAUCUUAACGCCCUCCCUACCAAUAAGGACUUAUUUGUGAGAACAACGAUGGCAGACGGCGAGCGUGCGGCCGUGACCGACAUGUGGAAGACAAUGCAGCUGAAGAAAAGAGUGGACGCAAACCAAGAUGGGGUUGGGAAGUUGAUGUCAAUGGUGGAAGAUCUCAUGAAAGACAUGAAGGCACUAAAUGACACCAAAGAAGAGCUCAAAAAUAAAAUUGAUGAUCUGGAUAGAUGUCACGCCGACAACAACCUGAUGCUCGAAGAUUUAAAAGAUUCUUUGAAUGAAGUGCGAGAGAUGCGCCAUUCAGUCGAAGAUCUGGACCAAUUCAUAACAUGGCCUGUUUUGGAAGAAGCGCUUAAUGGCUCCAGGGAAAACCUUUUAGAAUUGCUUAAUUCAGCACCGGAAGAUUAUUAUGACUCAGAACCAGAACAAACACAACGGGAUCAAACAGAGAAAAAACCCAUCACGAAAAGAAAAGCAACAGCUAGAGGUACUAGGAAAAAUAUAACAGAUGGAGGGUCUGAAUACGAAUCGGAUGAAAAUGCCACAGAAAGACAGGCGAGAGCACAAACACCAGAUGAAUAUGGUUUAAAAAUAAAGGCAGAAAAUGGAGCUGUCUCUGAUGGAUAUACUUCAGAUACACCACAAGACGGAGAUGCUGCAACGACGCAAUCACAGGAAGAAAUUGCUGCUAGAAAGGGAUCACAAGAUGGAGAAGCCUCUAGGAAGGGAUCUUUAGGUGGAGGGACCUCUAAGAAGGGAUCACAAGAUGGAGUGGCAUUUAGGAAGGGAUCACCAAAUGGAGUGACCUCUAAAAAGGGAUCACAAAAUGGAGGGGCCUCUAAGAGUGGGUCACAAGAGGCUGGUGCCUUUAGAAAAGGGUCACAAGAGGGUGGUGCCGCUAGGAACAGAUCACAAGAUGGAGGGGCAUCUAAGAAGGGAUCACACGAUGGAGGGGCAUCUAAGAAGGGAUCACACGAUGGAGGGGCAUCUAGGAAGAAAUCACAAGAUGGAGGGGCCUCUAGGAAAAGAUCACAAGAUGGAGGGGCUUCUAGGAGUGGGUCACAAGAUGGAGGGUCCUCUAGUAGGGGAUUACAAGAGGGAGGUGUGUCACGAAGAGGAUCACAAGAGGGAGGUGCGUCACGAAGAGGAUCACAAGAAGGAGGUGUGUCACGAAAGGGAUCAUUGGAGGGUGGUGUCCCUAACACGGGAUCAGCAAUGGGAAGUGAAUCUAUGAGGGGAUCACAAGAAGUCGAAAUUGCCGAUGGAAGUGGAUCUGAUGAGGGGAGUAAUGGUAAGACAAAAUCACUAGGGGAAUUCGAAUAUGAGUCUGGACAGGAAUCUAAAGCGCCAUUAAACCAGCUACUUCCAAGAAAGUCUAUAUCUCAAGAAAACAUUGCUGGUGUACCCGAAGGACAUGAGGAACGCUCCCCAGUAACCAAAUCCAAAUCACGAGACGCCUCGAGUAAAAAUGGAAAUACCGGUCAAGGAAAGGCGUCAGCUUCAACGGUCAGCACAGAGAGUGAAAGUUCAUCACCUCAACCUGAAGAGUAUGAAUUGCAAUCUACACUAGCUCCUCUACCAAAACAUAGUGCUGCUUCGACACCAGCCCCAUCAAACUGGAGAUAUGAACCGUCACGUGAAAGUCAUUUACAGGCACAGCCAGCUUUUGCCAGAAGGAGAAGCAGUACUGGACCGUCCAAUCAGGUUCUGGAUUACUUGGAGAACUUGGGCAAGUUGAAAACCGCCCACGAACAACUGAUGGACAGGGUGUUCAACCUAGAGAAACUAACGAAUAACACGGCAGAUAAAACGAGCGGAAAAGAUGAGCUUUCGGCAGAACUAAGUCGAAUAAAGAAGCAUUUAGACGAUAUUAAAGACGAUAAGUCAAAGCAAGGCAAAAAAGCAUCAACCGACGGGGAAUAUGGUCUGGGACAACAAAAACUGAUGAUUCUUCCACCGAUUCAUGGAACCACUGGCACCCCUCAACAAGCUGUUGGCACCCCUCAACAAGCUGUUGGCACCCUUCAACAAGCUGUUAGCACUCCUCAAGCUGUUGGUGCCCCUCAAGGUGUUGGAAGUCCCCAGCAAGCUGCUGGUACCCCUCAAGCUGUUUGGACUCCCCAGCAAGCUGCUGGUACCCCUCAAGCUGUUUGGACUCCCCAGCAGGCUGCUGGUACCCCUCAAGCUGUUUGGACUCCCCAGCAGGCUGGUGGUACCCCUCAAGUUGUUUGGACUCCCCAGCAGGCUGCUGGUACCCCUCAAGCUGUUUCGACUCCCCAGCAGGCUGCUGGUACCCCUCAAGCUGUUUCGACUCCCCAGCAAGCUGCUGGUACCCCUCAAGCUGUUUUGACUCCCCAGCAAGCUGCUGGUAUCCCUCAAGCUGUUUCGACUCCCCAGCAAGCUGCUGGUACCCCUCAAGCUGUUUGGACUCCCCAGCAAGCUGCUGGUACCCCACAAGCUGUUUGGACUCCCCAGCAAGCUGCUGGUACCCCUCAAGCUGUUUGGACUCCCCAGCAAGCUGCUGGUACCCCUCAAGCUGUUUGGACUCCCGAGCAAGUUGCUAGUACCUCUCAAACUGUUUGGACUCCCGAUCAAGCUGCUAAUACCCCUAAUGCUGUUUUGACUCCCCAGCAAGCUGCUGGUACCCCUCAAGCUGUUUGGACUCCCGAGCAAGCUGCUGGUACCCCUCAAGCUGUUUGGACUCCCGAGCAAGCUGCUGGUACCCCUCAAGCUGUUUGGACUCCCCAGCAAGUUGUUGGUACCCCUCAACCUGUUUGGACUCACCAGCAAGCUGUUGGUACCCCUCAACAAGUUGCCGGUCCUAUUCUUCAAGACGCUGCUGUUAUCACUCAGCAAACUGCUGGUAGUAAUCUUGAACCUGGUGAUAUCACCCAACCAUCUGCUAGUGCCAAAGGUGCUGAAAACACUGAUGAAUCUCUUGAUUUAACCGAUAUACUUGCAAAUGCCGUAGCUACAACCAGGUUUGGAGUUAAUAUGCAGGAACCGUUCAGAUCUGUGUUCAUAGAACCACAAGGAAGGUUAAGGAUAACUGACACACAGGCAUUCAGGAAACUACUGGAAGAGUUUGAGGACUUAGAUACUAGAGACAAUAAUAUAUUUGGAAAAUCUAUCAAGACUCCUAAAAUAAAGCGAAAAAAUAUGCAGCAGCAGCAGCAGCAGCAGCAGCAGCAGCAGCACAACACGAGGAUAGUGCAAUGCAGGAUGUGGAGACGCCGAGGGGACAGCCGCAGCACGUGGGUCUGCACUUCCUCGAGUUUGGAAGCAUGCUGGACGAUCAGUUCGCUUACACCAAGAACAAGCUGCUGGAAUUGGACGAUAAAGUGAAGAAACUGACCCACGCUAUGACUGGAGGUAGUGCGAUUGAGCCUUCCAAGAUGGCCGGCAGUAGUGUGAGUGCUGUUGCCGUGAGGCGGAUGCAGCAGGCGAUACAACAGUUGCAGGAGCAGACGGAGGGUCUGCAGGACAACAUAAAAGAUCUCACGGAGGAAAACACGAAAAAAAACCAAGAGUUACAG